CAAGCACCGACAAGAAUGCAAACGAGACUCAUUUUCCCGGCAGAACCUUCGGCAUUGUUGCUGCACUGUCAAAAACUCCCAGCGCGUCUGUGAGAGGAACUCGUGAACUGAAGGACGUCUCGUGAGUUAAAAAGGUCUUCAACAUGCCGGUUGAUUGGGCAGGCUAUGGAUAUGCAGCCCUAGUUGCAUCUGGGGGAGUGAUGGGAUAUGUCAAAGCAGGCAGUGUCCCCUCCCUGGCUGCUGGCCUCGGAUUCGGAACCCUUGCAGGCAUAGGAGCUUAUAAGAUAUCCGAAGACCCCAAGGAUGUUUGGGUUUCUUUAGUCACCGCUGGGACCUUGUCGGCUACUAUGGGAAUGAGAUUUUACAAAUCUAGGAAGUUCAUGCCCCCUGGUCUGAUGUGUGUCGCAAGUCUACUGAUGGUUGCCAAGAUCGGCUAUGGGAUGCUGGAGAAGCCUCAGCAGUCAUGACUCUGAGUGGACCAACUGAUCGACGAUGCUGCCCCCUCAAGACACUGAUUCAUUGCUAUCUUGUAUGUAACAGUAACCCAUCUUUAAUCUGACACGAGUCAGACCAACCAUUCUCUCUUUUUUUUGUAUAGAAAUUUAAAUAAAACAUGUAAAUCAUUGUUUCUAAAUACCAGGUGUCUGUUGUGGACUUCUUGUUAUGAAUACCACCAAUGAAAAAGAAGCAAGUCACAAGUUUUUGAUGCACUUUUUUUCUUAUUGUAUAAAAUACUUACAAAAAAUUAGUAUUUAUUAUUACAUGCAUCCUGUGUGGACAGAUGAUUCGUGUCACAGGAGUUUCAUUCACUAGUAAUGGUAUCAGUAGUACAAAAAGUUGCAGAGGGCCUUUGGAAAUCUAUCAAGUCAUAUACAGUAUACCCUAAGGUUGGUUAGGACCUAGUAGAAAAUACUCCGAUGUUUCUGGCAGAUCGGGACCCCAUUUCUCGAAAGCAUUGUUGCUAAUCAAUUAGCAACUUAGUAGGUUGCCAAUGGGAAAUUGCAUUGAAACCAAGUAAGUUGCUAACUUAGUUAGCAAGGACUCUUGAGAAACGCACUCCAGUUACAGAAUGGGAUCAGCAUAAUGCAUUAGGUUCUACAAAGCACAGUACAGUUACAUACAAAAUAAAUCCCAUUUCAA